AUGACUUCUCCUGUUUAUGUUGUGCCAAAAGAUGGCUUUUAUACAUUAGUAUUGAAAAUGAAAGGUACAGAUUUCAAAGCAUAUGUUUUAGUAAAUAUUAUUGGGAAAAAUGGAUAUUUAUCUGCAGCAGAUUGGCCUCUCUUGCCGUUUUAUGGAGUCAUGUGCUUAGUUUAUGUUUUUUUCGGUUUAAUAUGGUUGAUUGUGUCAUUUUGCCAAUGGAGGGAACUUCUUAGAAUUCAAUUUUGGAUUGGGGGGGUAAUUUUAUUAGGUAUGAUAGAAAAAGCCAUUUUUUAUGCAGAAUAUCAAAAUAUUAAUUCAACAGGAGUCAAUUACAAAUCGGUUGUUCUCUUUGCCGAAUGGGUUUCAUGUGCCAAACGAACCUUGGCUAGAAUGCUUGUUAUUAUUGUUAGUUUGGGAUUUGGUAUUGUUAAACCACGCCUUGGAUCUAUGCUACACAGACUUAUGGGAGUUGGUGCCUGCUAUUUUAUAUUAGCCGUAGUUGAAGGAUACAUAAGAGUGAUGCGCCCGAAAAAUGACUCUUCCAAUCAAUUGCUUAUUGCAAGCAUUCCUCUUGCGGUACUCGAUUCGGCCAUUUGUUGGUGGAUAUUCACUGCGUUGAUACAAACAACGCGUACCCUAAGACUAAGAAGAAAUUUAGUUAAACUCAGUUUAUAUCGUCAUUUUACAAAUACAUUAGUAUUCUCAGUAUUGGCCUCUAUAAUAUUUAUGUUAUAUUCUAUUAAAGUUCAUCGUUUAGCCAUAUGCUUGACGGAUUGGAAAAACCUUUGGAUAGAUGAAGCUUUUUGGCACAUUUUAUUCUCAGUACUUUUAUUAGUUAUUAUGAUUUUGUGGAGGCCGACAAACAACAAUCAAAGAUAUGCUUUCACUCCAUUGUUGGAUGCUGCUGAAGACGACGAAGAAGAGGAUUUGUUCGUGAACGAUGCUUAUGGUGUUAAAAUGAGAACUCACAGCCGACCAAAUUCACCGAAACCUAAACCUACGAACGAUGAUGAUAUAUUAAAAUGGGUCGAUGAAAAUAUACCAUCGGCAGGAGUCGAAACAGCUCUUCCCAUAUUUGAUUCAGAAGAAGAAAUAUUAACGACAAAAUACGAAGUGUCCAAAAUGCAAUAA